AGCAGGACUGUGGCGUUAGCGAUCGUGAUGGCGGAAACUUCUGCACCCCAAGAUAAUGUGAGAAGGGAGGAAGAGAAGGGCGCCUCGUGUGGGAAGCGCAUCACCGUACCCCAGCCGCCCUCCAUCGAGGACUUUACCAUCGUUAAACCGAUCAGCCGAGGUGCUUUCGGGAAAGUUUAUCUGGGUCGCAAAGGAGGAAAACUCUACGCGGUUAAGGUGGUAAAAAAGGCUGAUCUGAUCAAUAAAAAUAUGGCUCACCAGGUACAGGCAGAAAGAGAUGCCUUGGCUCUCAGUAAAAGUCCUUUCAUAGUACACUUAUUCUAUUCGCUUCAAUCUGCCAACAAUGUCUACUUGGUAAUGGAAUAUCUUAUUGGCGGAGAUGUUAAAUCUCUUCUUCACAUAUGUGGUUACUUUGAUGAAGAAACGGCAGUAAAGUAUAUUUCUGAAGUAGCACUGGCUCUUGAUUACCUACACAGGCAUGGAAUAAUCCAUCGAGAUUUAAAACCAGAUAACAUGCUGAUAUCUAAUGAGGGUCACAUUAAAUUGACAGACUUUGGACUGUCCAGAGUUACUUUGAACAGAGAAAUAAAUAUGAUAGAUAUACUCACUACACCAUCAAUGUCCAAACCUAUGCAAGACUAUUCUCGAACUCCUGGACAAGUAUUAUCUCUUAUCAGCUCCUUUGGUUUUUAUACUCCAGUUGGAGGGAAAGGGCCUAUGCAGAGUCCAAGCCCUGUUUCUGCAGAUAUUCCACAGCUGCCUCGAGAAUUUAUUUCUCCUCUAUCCAUAAGUUGCAAAGAUUACUCUAUGGCAUCAAGUAAGCUCCUGAGAGCAUGCAUUGAUUCUUCAGCUGUUACACCUGGAAUGCCUAUAAGAAGUUUAACACCAACUCUGCUUCAGUCCAGAAGAAGGUAUGGAACAUCUAGUGCCAGUAGCCAUUCCCGGACCCAGCUGUCUAGUAUGGAAUCAGAGUGCUGCAGCAGCCCCAGGUGGGAAAAAGACAUCCAGGAUGAAGACAAUCUCUGCCCUGCAGCAGAUCAAAUGAAUGAAAUGGAGAUACAUGAGGCCACAGAUAUGCCACUUGUCAACAACAGUAAAGUCUUAAAGCAAAAGUUGCUGGAAACUGCUAUCUCUCCUAUUAGUAGUAAUGACUCUGCAGACAGGCAUAAUGGAAGGAGUGAAUAUUUUGACUCAUCAGAUAUUUCUGUAAGAAUUUGUGAUGUGAAAGACCUAGUCAGAAAAUGUCUUUCAGAGUACAAAGAAUGGGAAGAAAAACUUUGUACAAACAACUCUGCUCAAUCCAAGGAGGUAGCAAAGCCUAACUGUCACUUUUCCCAUCUGGGCUUGGAUAAUCUCAAGAAAGAACAGAAGGAGAGACCAAUGUUGCAGAAGACUGGUAUCAAAAGAUGCUUUGAAUUAGUUGAUACCAGCCCUUCUCAAGAACGUAUCCUUGUGAAAAAAAACAAUAGCGAAUAUAAGCGUGGUUGUAAAAUUACUGAGAUCCCAGAAAAGCAAAGCACAAGUUUGACAGCUGAAAUCUGUUGCUUAAAACUUGAAGGGUGCAUGCAAGAGAGCUGCCCAAAGGAAAGUCAAACAAGAGAUUCAAAUUGUUCGGAAGAAAAUAAAGGGAACAAAUCAGAGACCCCUUUAAUAGCUAAAAAUCUGAUGAAUGAACUAGAUGCAGAUUAUGAAAAGGAUGGGAAACUCACAAACUUCAGUUUUGUAAGCAUUGAUGAUGAAAAGCCUUUAGUAAGCAUGAGUAUAGACUCUGAUUUAUCCCUUCCAGAGAUCUCUGCUACAGAGAGUCAUUUAGAAAAACCCUCAUUUGAUUUAAAUGGGAGCAUUAAAGAUGUCCCCCUUGAGGAAUCAAAGUCAAAAACUAUGUUAACAUUACAUUGCUGCUCCAAAUGGGAAACCAGAGAUGAACCAAUGCUCCCUAUCCAGGAGAGCAAAUCCAUGGAUCAUAAUCAAGAUAAGAGUUUGAAACGUAUUACAGAAAAGCACACUGGUGUUCACUCUUCACCAAUGGAGAUGCUGAAUGCACUUAAAAAAAAUAUUGUUGCCUUCCGAAGUUACAAUAGUUCUAUCAAUAUCUCUAAUAUGACUGAGCCUUCAAAAAUCAGUAUGAUGUCUGUUGAAGGAAUGAAUAUCUCUGCCUGCAGUGGUUCUUAUCCAAUGACCAUUACACCUGCACAAAAAGGAACACCCUAUAGGAUAUAUCAGACUCCUCAGGGAAAUGUUGGUACACCCUAUAGGACCCCAAAAAGUGUGCGAAGAGGGGCUGCUCCAGUAGACAGAGAACACAUUUUAGGAACCCCAGACUAUUUAGCACCUGAGCUUCUCAUUGCAAAGACUCAUGGUGCUGCUGUAGACUGGUGGGCCCUUGGGGUUUGCUUGUUUGAGUUUUUAACUGGAAUUCCACCAUUCAAUGAUGAAACACCACAGCAAGUAUUCCAGAAUAUUCUUAAAAGGGAUAUCCCAUGGCCUGAAGGUGAAGAAAAGCUGUCAGAUAAUUCUCAGAAUGCCAUUGAUAUUCUUUUAACUGUUGAUAGUGCUAAGCGAGCUGGACUCAAGGAGCUGAAGCUUCAUCCCCUCUUACAUGGUAUGGAUUGGGAUAAUCUGCACAAUCAGACUAUGCCCUUUAUACCUCAACCAAAUGAUGAAACAGAUACAUCCUAUUUUGAAGCCAGGAAUAAUGCUCAGCAACUAACAGUGUCUGGAUUUAGUCUGUAGGAUCAAAGAAGAAGAGUUGUGAAGAGGAUUUCAUAUUUAUCAUGACAAAACUUCCUAACACCUAUUUUGUAACAAUUUCAUUUUUAAAAAAAUGAUUUGCUUUUAACUCAAUAUUUUUCUGUAAAAACUAUAUUGAACUAUAUUCAUACAGGAAAUAGCUUCUGACCUAAAUUUUUACUCUGAAUACUGCACUUUAUAUUAAUUGUAUUACAUAAUAUAAUUAUGGUAUGAUACUUUCCUACUCAACAAAAAUUACUUUUCUGCUGCUAUGGGUAUUUCCAAAUAUGGGGAAAUGACUGUCUUUGCUAUCAGCUUUAACAGGGAAAGUUGCAUACAAUUUAAUUAUCAUUAUGCCUAUAGUUAUAACAUGAUGCCUGAAUAUUAGAAUCUAUUUGAAACUGAUUUUAGGUCAAUUUGAAGCUGUACUUCUGUAUUUUCAGUGCAGCCCAAAUAGAAGUUAGUCUGUUUUCAGGUAUUGGUAUAAUUUAUGUGUUAGUUAUCCUGCUGUUUAAACUAUCAGUAUUCCCGGCGGUUUCUAAUUUUGUCAAUGUUUUCAUUUCUAGUUUAUCUAUGAAAACUAUGGCAAAAGCAAAGCAAGAAAAGUUCAAUUAUUGCUCUGUUUUUGAUAUAUUGCUAUUUUAAAUAUUAAAAAUGAGAAUGUUUUACAUUUCAGUCUGGAGAAAAAAUCAUCAUGCAUGCUUAUUCAAUGUAGUGUAACUGCAAUUCAGUGAAAAGAUAGUGGGUUAUUUCAAUUUCUAUAUAUUUAAAGCUUUGAAAAUAAAAAAAAUGUGUA